AAAUGGCUACCUUAGAAGAAGAUGAGGUUGAGAUAUUUGAGGAUGAUCACCUAAAUUCUCUGUUGAAUUUCCCUACAGAUGUACAGCAAGCAAUCGAACAGGUUCUCCCAUCCUCAGACCCAUUGGACAGACCUGAUUUCAAUGCUGUGGAUUACAUCAAUUAUCUGUUUCCAACAGAACAAUCGCUUGCCAACAUAGAUGAAGUAGUGAAUCGUAUGAGGCUUAAGAUACGUCGUCUGGAUGAUGAAAUCAGAUCAGUGGUUAGAGGACAGACAACAGCAGGCCAGGAUGGAAGAGAAGCCCUCAAGGAAGCACAGAAGGCCAUUCAGGAACUCUUCAAAAGGAUAAAAGACAUCAAAGAAAAGGCUGACAAGUCUGAACAGAUGGUGAAAGAGAUAACUCGAGACAUCAAGCAGCUAGACCAUGCCAAACGUCACCUGACCUCUUCCAUCACAACCCUCAAUCAUCUUCAUAUGCUUGUAGGAGGAGUGGAUUCUCUAGAGAGCAUGACAAGAAGAAGGCAGUAUGGUGAAGUGGCUAAUCUGCUUCAGGGAGUUGUCAAUGUGAUGGAACAUUUCCAGAAAUACAUGAGCAUACAACAGAUCAGACAACUUGGCGAUAAAGUUCGCAAAAUUCAGUCUGAACUUGGCGUUCAGAUUCUAGCAGAUUUUGAAGAAUCAUUUGCCAACCAAGGAAGCAGGCCAAUUGGAAACAUGCGAGAGCUUGCAGAGGCAUGCCUAGUUGUCAAGGUUCUGGAUCCCAAAGUCAAGAAAGAUCUGAUGAAGUGGUUUGUGACACUACAACUCCAGGAGUACAUGGUGCUUUUCCAAGAGAGCCAGGAUGUUGCUUGGCUGGACAAGAUCGAUCGUCGCUAUGCUUGGCUGAAGAGGGCGCAAGUUGAAUUUGAGGAAAAGUACGGCCAUAUGUUCCCUCGUGAUUGGGAAGUCAGUGAAAGGAUUUGUGUGGAAUUCUGCAAUGUCUCAAGGACGGAACUUGGUAAGAUCAUGCAGAAGAGGGAGUCCGAGAUUGACGUGAAGCUACUGCUCUUUGCCAUCCAGAGAACAACCAACUUUGAGACCAUCAUUGCCAAACGGUUCAGCGGUGUCACGUUACAACCUCCAGGUGAAACCUCUUCAGCGGGAAACGUGACAGCGGCAGAGGAAAACAUGGUUUCAACAAAUCCUUUUGAGAUGGAAGAGGAACCAGCAGAAAUGAAGACCUUAGCCAAACCCAAGCUGUCAUCAUUCCAAGGUAUCAUAAGUCAAUGUUUUGAACCCCAUCUUCACAUCUACAUCCAGUCACAAGAUAGGAAUUUAUCAGACCUGAUCAAUCGAUUUGUAGAGGCCUUCAAGACGCAGGGUCCUCCUCGAAUUGAGUCAGAAGAGAGCGGAGCUGUGCUGCCCUCAUGUGCUGACCUGUUUGUGUACUACAAGAACUGCAUGGUCCAGUGCUCUCAGCUUAGUACGGGUACACCGCUCCUGGACUUGACUCAAACCUUCCAGAAAUACCUCAGGGUGUUUGCUAACAGGCUUCUCACAAACAAUCUACCAAAGUCACAAACUACAACUCCAGCUGGUGGUCUGAACAUCUCAGCUUUGCUCAAAGAAGGUUUGAAAGAAUCCUCGUCAGAUGUACCUAAGUUUACUCCUGAGGAACAGUACUUGGUUUGCAGUAUACUGUGUACAGCAGAGUACUGUCUGGAUACUACUCAGCAGCUGGAAGAGAAAUUAAAGGAAAAGAUCAACCCAUCAAUGGCUAGCAGGAUAGACCUCAAUGGAGAAAUGGAUGUCUUUCACAAUGUGAUAUCAAACUGUAUUCAACUGUUAGUGCAAGAUCUAGAAACAGCAUGUGAUCCCGCUCUAACAGCCAUGAAUAAGGUGAACUGGUCCUCCGUAGAGACCGUAGGUGAUCAGAGUGGUUAUGUGACUGCCAUUACAACACACAUCAAACAAGCAUUACCAGUCAUACGAGACAAUCUAGCAUCGGCUAGAAAAUACUUCACUCAAUUCUGCAUCAAAUUUGCCAAUUCUUUCAUUCCACGAUUCGUCAGCCACAUCUAUAAAUGUAAACCCAUCAGUACAGUGGGUGCAGAGCAGCUUCUCUUAGACACACAUUCCCUCAAGACAGUGCUUCUAGACCUACCGUCCAUCGGAUCUCACGUAUCUAGGAAAGCACCUGCCAGCUAUACCAAAAUAGUUGUGAAAGGCAUGACUAAAGCAGAGAUGAUCCUCAAGGUUGUGAUGUCACCUCAGGACCCUGCUGAAGCAUUCGUUGAUAACUACAUCAAACUCAUAGCUGAUACAGACACCUCAAACUUCCAGAAACUUCUAGAAAUGAAGGGUUUGAAGAGGAGCGACCAGAAUGCCAUGCUGGAUAUCUUCAAGGCACGUCUGUCAGCGACCAAUCAUCCUGGUCAGAAUGUAGUAGUCGUCUCGUCAUCACAAGAGCAACAGGAUCUCAGUAGAAUACGAAGACUUGAAAAAAUUAUCAAGAGAAAGUUGUAGUAGACACAAUCUUCAAGAACUCUUAGUUGCAAUUAAGCCAUCUUGUUGACAAUGUAGCAUGUUUGAGAAAACCAACAUCUCAUAAAUGUGUGCCACUCAAAGAUGUUUCACUUACUUUUUUUGGCCAUAUUUUUCAAACUGAAUUAUAUCUAUUCCCGUUUGAAUCAAACAUGCAGAUAAUAACGUCUUUGGCUUUCUAACAUUAAAAUCUACACUAACUUUUUUUUCUCUGAAUGUCUUUCUGCCCCCUCCUAUGUCUGUCUCUGUCUCUCUGUCUCUGUCUCUGUCUCUUUCUCUCUCUCUCUCUCUCUCUCUCUCUCUCUCUCUCUCUCAUAGAUUUAUUCAAGUAAUAUGAUGUUCCGCUGAGAUUCCAUUUUAAGUUCAGAACUUCAAUAUUUAUUUUUGAGGUGUUGCUGAAGGUAACAUACUUUGUUAGAAUAUUUUUAUUCGUACAAAAUAACUUUGGUUUUGUUUCCCAUGUCUGAAUAGAGAAUAUUGCAAAUUGAUUAUGGGGUAAAGUGCAAAUGUGCCAGCAGUGUUAGAGAAAUAGCUCUGUGACGGUUGUAAAUUAUUUUGAUCUUAUUUGAUCUUAUCAAUGAAAUGAAUAGUACUACCAUCAUGUGACAUGAUUCCAAUGAAAAUGGUCACAAGAUUUGAUGUUAUAUGUAUAUGGUAAAUCAGUAAUUUGUUAUGAGAUUGUGUAUCAUAAUGACUACACCCUGGACAACUAUUACAUAAAUAUAAAUAUAUAAAUUUUGUAAACAAUGCUCAUCUACCUGUAAUGUAUGUUAUGUCUAAUUUCAUUUAUCUCAAGGAAAAGCCAGCACAUGCAUCAACUAAUUUCUUUAGAUUAGUAGAUCUUAAACUUUCUGGCCCUAUGACCUCAUCUGACAUUCCGUGUCUGUGCCAUUACCAACCUAAAUGCAGUUUUCCAUUGUUGCCAUUACUCCAUGUAAUGUAACUGUAAUGGAUUCAAAUAGGAUUGUCUCUUUUCUAUGAAUCAUCAAUUUAUUUAACAUCAAAAUGGAACAAAGGAGCAUAUCAGAUAAAUAAUUGAGCUCAGGUAUUGUGGAGGUUACAUACAUGCGGGCAGCAACAGAAACAAAGUAUGAUAAACCACAAGAAUUUAUAAAUAAAUAUACAUAUAGAAAGUAUUAAUAAAAUUGUUCAAGCUUCAUAAAUCAAUAUUAUUUAGUAAAACAAUUGGAUAUUGUAGCUACUGAAGGACAGAAGGGUGAUUUUACUCAGACUGAUUUUACAGUUCACGCCCUUCUGGCCCCCGGCAGACGGUUUAUGACAAUGCCAAAAGUUAGUAAAUGGCAAGAAAUAGAUGAACCUAAUUAUCCAAUAGUAACAUUUACAGUUUUUAAGAUUGCAAAGCUGAAUUUUUCAGCUGCUGCGAGCCGAACAAGCAUUCAAUGAGGUUUGUUUACGUAUAGUUCAGCUCUCAUGCAGGAGAUGAUCCAUCCAUGACCCCUCUCAAAACUCUCUGAAUGGAGGGGUCACUAACCCCUAGUUUAAGACUUAUGAUGUUGAAUAUUAGGGCAAUCAUGUUACAAUGUAGACAUUCAACAAAAGUACAAGUAAGUGAAGUUAAUAUCCCAUCUUGUUUAUUUCAAUGCUUUUACUAUUACUUUGCAUUAUCAUAUCUUCAAUGCGCUCUUUUCUAAACGCUUCUUGUUGUACAUAUGUUUUUCCCAUACAUAAAGUUAUUAUGUUUUGUAGAUUUGUCAAUGCUGAUUCCUUCUAAGUUAUGUAUUUUAUAUAUUUCUAUAUAGAACUAAUCAUAUAUGUAUUAAUAGAUUUAUGCUUAUUCCCCAAGAUUAUGUCAUUGCCAUCCAGAGCUGCCAACCAUUCCGUUUUUCCCGGAAUUACUCUGUUUAUUCCUCUAAAUUAUGGUAGUACGUUUUUCUUCAUAAAAUGCUUUUUUUUAAUAAUUGUUUAUAAUUUUUUUUUUUUUUUAACAUACUGCAGGUCAAACAACUGUCCUUAAAAUUUUAUUUUGAUCACAAAUUCAAUAGGAAACUAUCGUCAAAACAUACUUAAAGAGAAACAUAUUCUCAAAAAGAAUUAAACGCCGAUAAUACGAAAAAUAGCAACAACAAAAUACCUACUUGUAACUAUAGGUCCUAAUACAAAAAAACAGCAUGAGGAAUGGACAUUUCUGCAAUGGAAGUUUGUCGUGGUUGUAAGUUUGUUUUAAUGAAUUCCUUUUUUUUGCCAUCGUGGUUCCUUUUUUUGGUCGUACAAGGUUGGCAGCUCUGGCCAUCUGUUCUUGUAUGAAGUAUUCAUCUUGAGUAUAGUAUGUAUAUCACUUACUUCAUGUAUAUCAUCUGUUGAGAGCCAGAAGGGCAUUAAAACUAUGUUGUGAGUUAACCUAUUGACUACAGAGUUACCUAAUUCCCAUAGGCUUAACACAGGGACCACCCAGUUCUGGUUAGCAAUGGGUUAAUUGAGUCUUUAAGUAUUCAAUUAGUCAACACCCUUCUGGCUCUCAGCAGAUAUUGGGAUGCCUGCUUAUUACCCAGACCAUACAUCUCAUCAACCAUUCAGAAGUGAGAAAUCUGCUUGACCCUUACCAACCCAUUCCCUCCUGGAACCAGAUUACUCCUGUAUUAAGCAUGUGGUAAUAAGAACAUAUAGUAGUAAAUGGGUUAAAGUGCAAGUCUGGCCGAUGUGCGAGUUGAAUUAAAUAAAUAGAGAGAGAAACAAAAUCCUAAAAAAUCCUAAAAAGUAAUACAGCGUAAAAAUUUGGGGGAAUGGACCAAUUUAUAAAUGUAUCUAUUGGAUCAAUCCACAUCCACUACAUCAGUUGUUGCUUUGACAGGCAAACAUUGGGCAAGCUUUCGGUUUUUCUAGAGCAACUUUUGUUUUAAAAAGGGUAAAUGGUAUGUAUUCCGGUACUUAGAUAUGCUCAUUCGUCUGUGUAUUGUGCAAAUAUUAUGUAUAUAGAUAAGAAUGAAUAAGUAUUAAAACCAUGAAAUCUAAAGCAGAACUAUAAUGCAAGGAA